AUGCCGCGACCGUCGCGUGAAUCUUACGGUGAUCAAAAACCACCCUACUCGUAUAUUUCACUGACUGCUAUGGCGAUUUGGAGCUCUCCGGAGCGCAUGUUGCCACUGUCCGAAAUAUACCGGUUUAUUAUGGACCGGUUUCCAUAUUACCGACGCAAUACUCAGCGAUGGCAGAACUCCCUGAGACACAAUCUCUCCUUCAACGAUUGCUUUGUGAAAGUGCCGAGACGGCCAGAUCGUCCCGGAAAAGGCGCUUAUUGGACAUUGCAUCCUCAGGCUUUCGACAUGUUCGAAAACGGGUCGCUGCUGCGUCGCCGUAAGAGAUUCAAGCUUCAGAAAGGUGAGAAAGACAAUUUAAAUGCGGAACUAGCAGCACUUGCGAGUUUCAACCGAGCUUUUCUGGCGCGUCAAGCAGGUGCACCACCACCUCCGCCUCCUCUUCCAUCUGCAAGUUUGUACACACCGCCAAUGUGCCAGCAAUUGAGUCCCGAACCCGCCGAGCUGCCAGAGACGGCAUCAGUCACCAUACUACCAAGAGAAAGACCACGAAGAGCGUUCACUAUAGACGCUUUGCUAGAGCCAGAGCCUCCACGCGGUUCUCCAUCUCCUCCAAAUCAUUUGCUUGCGAUGCAAGCUGUCCAAGCGAUGCCGCGAAUAGAGUUUACUAUGCCGUCACCGUACGUACUAGCGGCCCAGCGGUACCAGGCUGAGCUACUGCAGGCCGCGGCGCACGUUCUGCGCCCGUGCUACCUGCCGCCGCCGCCGCUGCCGGUAGCGUGACAUCAUCGGUCUCUCGCGAACUGCUCCAAUAUCUCGUGCAAUGCUAGGUUGUAAGUACAGAAUUAAUUUUAAAAAACACUAUAUAGAAAAAUUCAGCUUCUGAGAAAAUAUUAAAAAAUAAUUGAAUAUGAA